GAAGUAUUGACUGCGGGAGAAGGAGAGAGAGAGAGUAAGAGUGGUAUAAAACCUUAGUUUGAGGUUCGCCGUCGUCGCUGUUUAACUUGGCCAAUAUGUUGGAUUUCUUCAGUAUCUUUAGCAAAGGUGGCAUCGUUCUGUGGUGCUUCCAGGGAACAUCGCAAUGGUUUACACCAUCCGUUAAUGCUUUAAUUAAGAGCGUUCUUCUACAAGAGAGAAGUGGCAGUAGUUCUUACACUCACGAAUCUCUGACUUUAAAGUAUCGCUUGGACAAUGAAUAUGAACUGGUGUUUGUGGUAGCCUAUCAAAAGAUAUUACAACUGUCCUAUGUCGACAAGUUUCUGACUGCCAUCCAAGUGGAGUUUCGGAAUAAAUAUAAAGAUGACCUUCAACGGGGAAAUAUAUCUCGAAAUUUUGAUUUUCGAGAAGAUUUCAAUCUUCUACUCAAGGAAACGGUGGAUGAAAGCAUUCUGCAAGCCCAGAAGCCAAGAAAGAUGAAGAGUUAUGAAGAAUCCCAGAAGUCAAAAAAAACUGUGGCGUCGAUGAUAGAGAAUAGAAAAGAAGAUAAGAAGAAAAAAGAAGAAAAAAAUAACAAAGUCCGUCCUACUGAAGUAGCAUUUAAAAUGGCAGCGGCACCAGUGAAAGAGGAGGCAGUAGUCAAAGACACAGCUGGAGAAUUGGAUGAAGAAACUAUUCGAAGAAAUAUUGAGAAAAAGUUCAAGAAAAAACCUGCAAAGCAACAAGAUGUUAGCAAGAGCCCAGAAGAUAAGAAAAAGAAGGGCAAAGUAGCUCGCAAGUGGGACAACUGUGUGAGCAAAAGUGAUGCUGAAAGUUUGGACUUUAGCUCUAAGAAUGGUUUAGUGAAUGGUGACAUCACUGAUGCUGAGGUGAUGAAAAACCUCACUUCACAUGAUUUGAAUAUGAAAGGACAAAUGAUGGGUGACUUGAAGGACAUGGAACCGGAGAGUAGCAGCGAGGGCGAAGUUGAAGAAGAAAUUGUCCAGAAACCAAGUAAGAAAAGUUCAACAGCCAAAUCAAAAAGCAGUGGUUUCGGAAUGUUUACCAUGUUCAAGAAUUUGGUUGGUUCUAAAACAUUGACUAUGGAUGAUAUUCAACCUGUUGUUGACAAAAUGAAAGACCACUUAAUUGCGAAGAAUGUAGCAUCUGAUAUUGCAUUGAAACUCUGUGAAUCGGUUGCUGCAAAAUUGGAAGGAAAAGUGCUUGGAACAUUUGAUAGUAUCACAACGACAGUGAAAAAUACCCUGAAUGCAUCCUGUGUCCAAAUUCUGUCGCCCAGGAGACGAAUUGAUAUUCUUCGUGAUGCAAUGGAAGCGAAACAACAGCGCCGUCCUUACUGCAUCACAUUUUGUGGUGUUAAUGGCGUUGGCAAAUCAACUAAUUUGGCCAAGGUGGGAUUUUGGUUGAUCGAGAAUGGUCUGCGUGUCCUGAUAGCUGCCUGUGAUACAUUCCGUGCAGGGGCAGUGGAACAGUUGCGCACUCAUACACGUAAACUGAAUGCACUUCAUUCUCCUGAAAUGCAUGGUGGCGUUCAAAUGGUGCAGUUGUAUGAGAAGGGAUACGGGAAAGAUGCUGCCAGCAUUGCAAUGGAAGCAAUCAACUUUGCUCGUGACAAUCGUAUCGAUGUCGUCCUUAUUGAUACUGCUGGGAGAAUGCAAGACAAUGUUCCAUUGAUGAAAGCUUUGGCAAAACUAAUUAAAGUGAACCAGCCGGAUCUGGUUCUGUUUGUUGGAGAAGCUCUGGUUGGAAACGAAGCUGUUGAUCAGCUGACCAAAUUUAACCAGGCUUUGGCAGAUAAUUCGAAUAUGACUAAUCCACGUCUAAUUGAUGGGAUCAUCCUUACAAAGUUUGAUACCAUUGAUGAUAAGGUGGGAGCUGCCAUCUCUAUGACCUACACUACAGGUCAACCAAUUGUGUUUGUGGGCACAGGUCAGACAUACACUGACCUCAGGAAUCUCAAUACCAAAGCUGUUGUCCAGGCUCUACUCAAGGCUUAAAUCAAACAACAACAACAACACACUGAGUUCACUGAGUGCUUUAUUCACUUGGUUGUUUCAUGUUUUUGUAGACUUUUCUAGAGAUUCUAUUAACUGCCUCGUAUCACAUUCACACAUCUUUACAAGCAUGCACACACAAAAAUACAACUAUCUCUCUCUCUCUUCCUCUCUCUCUCUUCCUCUCUCUCUCUUCCUCUCUCUCUCCCUCCCUCCCUCUCUCUCUCUCUCUCUCUCUCUCUCUCUCUCUCUCUCUCUCUAUAUAUAUAUAUAUAUA